ACUGAACAGGGUUGUUAGCUUACUAUGAGUAGAGAUUUUCAACCCUCGCAGUAACAUAUCAGACGUAAUGGCAAGGAGAAAUCACUUCUCCGCGCUCCUUUAAUAUGCUCCCUGUUGGAUGGAAAACGGUAGCACCGGACCAGUCUCAAAAUGACCACCGGCUUCAGCUCCGGUUCCUCCCGGUUCGCAGAUUAUUUCGUGAUCUGCGGACUCGACACCGAAAGCGGUCUGGAACCCGACGAACUGUCCGCUUUAUGCCAGUAUAUAGAGGCUACUAAAUUCAGAGAUGGGGCCAGAGGAAAAUUGGCGAGGGCAGAUGAAGGUGAGAAUUUUGAGCAGAGUCCACUGCGAAGAACGUUUAAAUCCAAAGUCCUAGCACAUUAUCCAGACAAUGUUGAGUGGAAUCCGUUUGACCAGGAUGCAGUUGGCAUGCUCUGUAUGCCAAAGGGUUUGGCAUUCAGGACACAGAUGGACUCCAGGGAACCACAGUUCCACUCCUUUAUCAUCACCAGAGAGGAUGGCUCUCGGACCUACGGCUUUGCUCUCACUUUCUUUGAGGAGGUGACCAGUAAGCAGAUCUGCAGUGCCAUGCAGACUCUUUACCACAUGCACAAUGCAGAGCAGUAUGACAUCUUGCACACUCCCACUUCCCCACAAGGACCUGAGGACCAGCGGCUGCCCCAGUCUCGUCCUGUGCUCCACGCUGCGCCCGCCAUCUCCCGACUGCAGCGCUUUAACUCGUAUGACAUCAGCCGUGACACACUGUAUGUGUCAAAGUGCAUCUGUUUAAUAACGCCCAUGGCAUUUGCUCAGGCCUGCAGAAAGGUGCUGCAGCAGCUUCACCAGGCUGUUACAUCCCCCCAGCCCCCACCUCUCCCGCUAGAGAGCUACAUCUACAACAUUCUCUACGAGGUUCCCCAACCACCCUCCGGGCGUUCCCUCAAAUUCUCUGGUGUUUAUGGGCCUAUUGUGUGCCAGAGGCCGAGCACUUCUGAACUGCCACUCUUUGACUUUGCUGUGGGUGAAAUGUUUAAUCUGCUGGGGGUGGAGAACGUUCUUCAGCUGUUCACGUGCGCCCUGCUUGAGAUGCAGAUACUGCUCUACUCACAGCAUUACCAGAGGCUGAUGACGGUGGCGGAGAGUAUCACAGCCUUAAUGUUCCCCUUCCAGUGGCAGCAUGUGUAUGUUCCCAUCCUGCCUGCCUCCCUGCUCCACUUCCUGGAUGCUCCUGUGCCGUAUCUCAUGGGUCUCCACUCCAAUGGACAGGAUGACCGUACCAAGUUAGAGCUGCCACAGGAGGCUAACUUGUGUUUCGUAGACAUUGAUAAUCACUUCAUUGAACUGCCAGAGGAGUUGCCUCAGUUUCCCAACAAACUCGAGUUUAUUCAGGAGAUCUCAGAGGUACUUAUGUCCUUUGGCGUGUCUCCAGAGGGAAGUAUCCACUCCAGCGAGAGCCAAGCCAAGUACCGGGGCUUUCGAUCUGUUGAUAUGGUCUCUGACAAGCGUAACGGCAACCUGGCCUCUCCCCUCAACUCCUACCUACUGAGAGAGAAUGAAACAAUUGCCAGGCUGCAAGCUCUAGUCAAGAGGACCGGUGUAAGUCUGGAGAAGCUGGAGGUGAGAGAGGAUGCCAGCAGUAAUAAGGAUGCACGAGUUCAAUGUGAUGAAGAGGAACUAAAGAUGCACCAGCUCAACAUUCAAGUACGCGAGGUCUUCGCCAACAGAUUUACCCAGAUGUUUGCAGACUAUGAGGUGUUUGUCAUCCAGCCCAGCCACGACAAAGAGUCCUGGUUCACUAAUCGAGACCAGAUGCAGAACUUUGACAAGGCCUCCUUCCUGUCUGACCAACCAGAACCCUACCUGCCCUUCCUGUCACGUUUCUUAGAGACUCAGAUGUUUGCUUCAUUCAUUGAUAGUAAGAUUCUCUGCCAUGAUGAUGAGGACAAGGAGCACACACUGAGAGUGUUUGACGCACGUGUGGAUAAGAUUCGAAUGCUGAAUGUCCGCACACCAACACUGCGUACCUCAAUGUACCAAAAAUGCACCAACAUUGAAGAAUCAGAGAAAGCCAUUGAGAUGAGAGUAUCGAAGAUCGACCACACUGCUCUGCAUCCGCACCUGCUGGACAUGAAGAUUGGUCAGGGGCGCUAUGAGCAAGGUUUCUUCCCCCGACUGCAGUCUGAUGUCCUCUCUACUGGACCCACCAGCAACAAAUGGGCAAAGAGGAGUGCUCCUGCUCAGUGGAGGAGGAAAGACCGACAGAAGCAACAUGCCGAGCACCUUUACUUAGACAAUGACCAGAGAGAGAAGUACAUCCAGGAAGCCAGAAACUUGGGAACUACCAUCAGACAGCCUAAACUGUCCAACUUGUCACCUUCUGUAAUCGCUCAAACAAACUGGAAAUUUGUUGAAGGGUUGCUGAAAGAGUGCAGGAACAAGACCAAGCGUAUGCUGGUAGAGAAGAUGGGUCGGGAGGCUGUGGAAUUGGGUCACGGAGAGGUUAGCAUCACAGGGGUUGAGGAAAACACCCUGAUUGCGAGCCUCUGUGACCUGCUGGAGAGGAUCUGGAGCCACGGGUUGCAGGUUAAACAGGGCAAAUCUGCCUUGUGGUCGCACCUGCUGCACUAUCAGGACAGCAAAGAGAAGAAGAGUGCAACCCCGGGCGGUUUGGGACCUCCGGGCUUCAUCCAUGACACAGAGAGACGGAAAUCUGAUGGGGGUGGAUCAGCCAUGCCCCCACUUAAAAUCUCACUGAUCCAGGACAUGAGACACAUUCAAAAUAUAAGUGAAAUCAAGACAGAUGUGGGCAAAGCCAGAGCCUGGGUUCGCCUCUCUAUGGAGAAGAAGCUGCUUUCCAGGCACCUGAAGCAGCUGCUCUCAGACCACGAACUUACAAAAAAACUGUACAAGCGCUACGCCUUCCUGCGCUGUGAUGAUGAGAAGGAGCAGUUUCUUUACCACCUCCUGUCCUUUAAUGCUGUGGAUUACUUCUGUUUCACUAAUGUCUUUACAACCAUCAUGAUCCCCUAUCAUGUGGUAGUUGUCCCCAGUAAGAAGCUGGGUGGUUCCAUGUUCACAGCUAACCCCUGGGUGUGUGUUUCUGGUGAGCUGUCAGAGACUGGAGUCCUGCAGGUGCCCAGAAACACUCUGGAGAUCACAUUUGAGUGCCAGAAUCUGGGCAAGCUCACCACAGUGCAGAUGGGUCAUGAUAACACCGGACUCUACGCAAAGUGGCUUGUGGAGUGUGUUAUGGUUCGCAAUGAGAUCACAGGACACACUUACAAGUUUCCGUGUGGCCGGUGGCUGGGGAAAGGUGUGGACGAUGGCAGCCUGGAGAGGAUUCUGGUGGGCGAGCUGAUGACCCCCACCACUGAGAAUGAUGAAAGGAUGUGCCGCACGCCACCCAUGCAGCAGUCCCCAGGGAUGAUGAGGAGAUUUGUUACCAUCUCGCCAAGCAGCAAACCAAAGUUAAACACAGGUCAGAUCCAGGAGGGAGUGGGAGAGGCUAUCAACGGGAUUGUGAAGCACUUCCACAAGCCGGAGAAGGAGAGAGGGAGCCUGACUCUGCUCCUUUGUGGGGAGUACGGCCUCGUCUGGGCUCUGGAGCAAGUUUUCCAGCACGGUUUCAAAUCACCUCGACUCUUUAAAAAUGUCUUCAUCUGGGACUUCUUGGAAAAGGCUCAGGUGUACUUUGAAAGUGCUGAGCAACGGGAAGUAACUCCAGAUGAAAACUGGCAGACCAGAGUGCGCCACUUCUGCCGCUUCAUGCGCGCCAUCAACAGCACAUCUAGAAACAUCGGCAAGGAUGGAAAGUUCCAGAUGCUCGUCUGUCUGGGUGCAAGGGACCAUUUGCUGCAUCACUGGAUUGCUCUGCUCGCAGAUUGUCCAAUCACCUCGCAGAUGUACGAGGAUAUUGCACUGAUUAAAGACCGCUCGCUGGUAAACUCUCUGAUAAGAGUCCUGCAAACUCUGCAGGAGUUCAACAUCACCCUGGAAGCUUCGCUUGUCAAAGGUGUUGGUAUUUAAACCAAACUACUUUCCACCAGUCGUACCUUAACAGGAGAAUUACUGGGGACCACUAAAAAGAGUAACAAACUUUUAUAUGCAGGAACAGACUUGAACAAAAAUAAUUUCUGGCUUAUAUUAAAGCUAUUGUCACAUUUGCCAUAUAUUAGGUGCAAUGAGCCUUUCAACAUAUGUUAUUUUUUCCUCAAUGAUAUUACCAUUAGAUGUUGAAAAUAUGUUUUCUAUUAUGAACCAUGAUUUUCACAUUAUUAAUGAUGACCUUGUGCUAUAAUGUUUUACUGAAAGCUAAAUAUUUUCAUUGCUAUCAUGAACUGCUGACAAUGGCUGUAUUUAAGGAAAAGCAAGGAUUAAAAGUGUUAAUAUAUUUUCUGAUAAAAACAGUAUUAUUUUGUUAAAUCAGUCAAGUUGCUUGCUCUGUUGUCAGCUCCAAUUUUAAUGUCAAAAUGCAGAGCUUAAAGCAAAUGAUGUAGACGUAUGCUUUUUAAGUAUGUGUAUGGCAGGGAGGCUUAUAGAGUGAAUGACGAUAACCCACAUCGGAAUAAAAAGGCUAAGUUUGAGCAUUUUCCUGGCAAAUGUGCAUUUGCAUAUCUUUCACGUGGAAUAUUUUCAGCAAAGAAAGUGGUCCCUCUUCUGUGAUAAGACUGUGUGGCUCAAACCUGCAUCCAGUGAAAGACAGUAUAUUCAGUUAGAUAAAGGAAAAUACAUCAAGUCUCAUGUUCUGUAUACAAGUGCUCAAAGAGAUGCUUGACCCAGCUUUCUUUGCGAAGUGGAUCACAGUGACAGCCUUCAUGUAAAUACCUCCAACCAGCCCUUACCCGCUACCAUCUAUCCAGCCCUUACACUACAUUUUUCCUGUUCUCUGAACUAAAAGCAGUGUAAUGAUCCGAUUAGAUUCUGCGUGUUGAAUUACAACCUCCCGAAUACCAUGUGAGCAGUAAAAGCAGCUUUUCCCCCUCUACUGAUUUUUGUCCUCAUGGUUUCUUGCUAUGCAAUAUCCACAAGAGAGAAUUUAGAUAUUAUUGGACCCUGUUCCAUUACAUACAUUGAAUUUUGCUGUUCAGAAUAAGAGAUUUGAUAUGUGAUGGACUUUUUUUUUCUGUGCCAACGUCUGGAAUGACUGUGUUGUACUCGUCUGUGUACGACCCCCACAUGAGCAUCUUGGGAGAUAUAUAUUUUUCUUUUCCAAUACAGUUGUACAUUUAUCAACAUAGAUGUGUAAUGUAGUGUUUACUAAGUGAGCAAAAGUGUACAGUGUAAAAAUAUAUUAAAAAAAUAAAGCAUC